CAGGUUGCGUGGGAAGGCAGAGCACCGACAGACAUUGAACAUCAAGGUUCUCCUGAUUUCCUGUGAGGUCCCUCCCCCUCACCAUCGCCGGCAUCGACACUCCACCGUACAUGGACCAUGAAAAGUAGUUUCGGCUCCGCCAUCCAACGCCUGUCCACUUAGAACACCUAAAAUGGCGGCCAGAUGCCCCUCUAAACAGCCAGCUAAUCUCUAAUCACGCUGUGGAUACCCACUUCCUUUUUUUUACUGAACCGACUUUCCGGCCUACUGGAGGGUGUGUCUCUGCCUGACUCGCUGAUAAAGCUCCGCCCUCCGCUGGUGUACGGGCGAUUAAUUAGCCGGUCGUCGCCCCCAACCACCAACAACACCACCCCACCACUCCCACUUUGAGCUCUUUCAGGACAAGGGUCCCAGACAACCCUAAUUCUUCACAAUGGCCGGCAGAACCCAUCUCAGCUCCUUCUGCGCCUCCUCUCUUUCACCCUCCCUGCUCCUCUCGCUCCUGCUGUCGGCCCUGGUGCUCCUGCGGCUGCCCGGGUCGGUCCGGGGGGACUGCUGGCUCAUAGAGGGGGAUAAGGGGUACGUCUGGCUGGCUAUCUGCAGCCAGAACCAGCCUCCAUACGAGACCAUCCCCCAGCACAUCAACAACACGGUGCAUGACUUGCGUCUGAAUGAGAACAAGCUGAAGGCGGUGCUGUUCACCUCGAUGUACCGUUUCACCAACCUCACGGACCUCAACCUCACCAAGAAUGACAUCAACUACAUUGAGGACGGGGCCUUUGCCGGCCAGGCAAACCUUCAGGUGCUCCAGCUGGGAUACAACAAGCUGACCAACCUGAGCGAGGGCAUGCUGCGCGGCCUGGGCCGCAUGCAGUGCCUCUUCCUCCAGCACAACCUCAUCGAGGUCAUCGCCACCAACGCGUUCUGGGAGUGUCCGAGCCUCAGCAGCCUGGACCUGUCCUCCAACAAGCUGAGCCGCCUCGACCCGUCCACCUUCACCUCGCUCAACCGCCUCAUGGUGUGCGAGCUGGCGGGAAACCCGUUCCACUGUGGCUGCGAGCUCUACAGCUUCCUCACCUGGCUGGAGGCGUUCAACAACGUCACACACACCUACGACCGUCUCCAGUGCGAGACCCCUCGUGAGCUGCUCGGCUACCCGCUUUUGAGCCCCUUGCCCGGGCACGGGAGGAACGCCCGCUCCAUCCUCUCCACCACCUGCCGGGACGGUAUUUACAUCCCGGGGAUACCCUCCCUGGGCCCUGACAUGGACGGGUCAGGCGAGGGGUAUCAUAACCCGGACCAGGGUCUCUAUCACCAGCCCACAGCCACCUCCACCGCCGAACCCUUAAACAGCCACAAGAUCUCCAUCAAGCUGCAGAGUGUGUCCUUCUUCACAGCCUCGCUGCUGGUGCAGAUCCCCAAGCCCUUCAGCAAGAUGUACGUCCUGACGCAGUACAACCAGUCCUUUGUGGCCGACAUCAGGCCUCUGAAGAGCAGGAUGGAGGUGAUAAUACUGGACAAGCUCAACGCCCACACCAACUACACCAUCUGCGUGGCGUCCAUCAGCAAGUCCCAGCGCUACAACCACACCUGUGUGGCCUUCGCCACACGAGUGCUGGGCCUGGAGGACCUGGGCCCCAACCCGUCCACCACCACCCACUACAUCAUGACCAUCCUGGGCUGCCUGUUCGGCAUGGUGAUCGUGCUGGGUCUCGUCUACUACUGUCUCCGGCGGCGACGCAUGGCGGAGGAGAAGGAGAAAGCCAUCAGCGUGAAGAAGACCAUCCUUGAGAUGAGGUACGGUCCCGAGGCGGCAGCAGCAGUGUCUAACGACCCCGGGGCCGUCCAGCGUCUCCAGGACCAGACCCACCACCAGCACCACCACACCGCGGGGUCUGGGGGAAAGAUGACCCCAUCUGCCUCCUCCAGCACAGGCAUGCUCCACGGCUCAACCAACACCAGCUCCUCCCGUCUCUCCACCCUGCCUCAGGUGGAGAAAAUGGCCAGCGCCUUCAACGAGGCCAUCGGCAACAAGAACAACUACAUGGACGUGAGGACGGGCGCCGUGGCCGGUGAGGGCAGGGAGGGUGGGGUGAUGAGUGGGGGAGGAGAUGCGUUGGUGGACAUGUGCGGCCUGGGGGAGAACGGCUCCGACGGCAAGGAGGACUCGGACGACGACGGGCGCGGCUCGGCCUCUGAGAUCUCCACCAUCGCCAAGGAGGUGGACAAGGUCAACCAGAUCAUCAACAACUGCAUCGAUGCCCUGAAGCUGGACGCCUCGGCCAACGCCUCUGUGGCCACGUCUGACGCCAACAUCCCCGUCCCCAUGGCCCAGCCUCCUGCCUGCAUCACCUCUCUCCCCCGCGGCCUCCUUCCCCUCUCCCCUGGCCACCCGGCCGAUCUGAUCAUGUCCUCCUCCCCCAAGAUGCACUCCAAACCCCAUCCCCAAGCGCACCCCCAGACCCACAUCCAGCCGCACCCCCAGACCCACAUCCAGCCGCACCCCCAGACCCACAUCCAGCCACACCCCCAGACCCACAUCCAGCCGCACCCCCAGACCCACAUCCAGCCACACCCCCAGACCCACAUCCAGCCGCACCCCCAGACCCACAUCCAGCCACACCCCCAGACCCACAUCCAGCCACACCCCCAGACCCACAUCCAGCUGCACCCCCAGACCCACAUCCAGCCACACCCCCAGACCCACAUCCAGCCACACCCCCAGACCCACCUCCAGCUGCACCCCCAGACCCACAUCCAGCCGCACCCCCAGCUCCAUCCGCAGGCCCACCCUCCCUCCAUGGCACCGGUGCCCCUGGUCAUACCGCUGUCCGAGCGUCCAGGAAUCAGUGGUGGUGGCUUCCUCUCCCCACCCUACCGAGACCCUCCACCGGCCAACGCCGUGCGGCCCAUCCAGAGGCAGCUGAGUGCCGACCCCCCCACCACUGCUGGCAUGAAGAACCGGUGUGGUGUGCCCUCCGCAGGGGGCUCCAUGAGGAACGCUCCACGGGUGCUCAGCAUGGAUGUUCCCGAGCAGCGCAACCAGGAGAACCCGGGCAAGUACCCUGCGGAGGGGAAGGGCGGCGCUGCAGAAUGUGGCGGGGGAGCGGUGAUGGUGGGAAACGGAGGCGCCGGUGUGGGAGGUGUGGGAGGCAAUGGAAACGGUGGCGGGAAUGGCAGCGGCAACGGUGGGGUGCGAGUGAACGGUGGAGGAACGGCUUGUGGCAAUGGCAAUGGUGGUGGGGUCUUGGCAGGACCUGGGCAGCAGCAGCAUCAGCAGCAGCAUCAGCAGCAGCAGCAGCAGCAUCAGCAGCAGCAGCAGCAGCAGCAGCUGCUGCAGCAGCAGCAGCAGCAGCAGCAGCAUCAGCAGCAGCAACAGCAGCAGCAUCAGCAGCAGCAGCAUCAGCAACACCACCACCACCAUUUGGAGGUGCAGCCUGAACACCACAGCUCCGAGCACCGCCACUCCUUCCCCGCACUCUACUACGAGGGCCCCAACGACUCGCCCCUGCCCGUCCAGAAGGCCUCAUUCCUAAAGCCUUUGGGGCGCGCAAAGCGGGACACCUCAGCGGCCUACUCCCAGCUCUCGCCUGCUCGCCACCACAACUACAACUCAGGGUACUCCUCCAGCCCUGAGUACUCCUCUGAGACCACACUGAGGAUCUGGGAGCGCUUCAGGCCCUACAAGAAGAACCCCCGCGAGGAAGCGUCCUACAUAGCAGCGGGCCAUGCUCUGCGCAAAAAGGUGCAGUUCGCUAAAGAUGAGGAUCUCCACGACAUCUUGGACUACUGGAAAGGGGUGUCUGCCCAGCAGAAGUUGUAAUCUUCUCCAGCAGGAAUGGAAGAUGUUGGUGGGUGAGGAGGAGGAGGAGGAGGAGGAGGAGGAGGAGUAAAAGUGUGUCUUAAAGGUUUGACCGACAGAAGACUUGAGCUACAAGGAGAAAGCGUAUAGUGUGAAUAUAUAUGGAGGACAAAAUGGUUCGGGUUUUUAACAUUUUAAUGAAACAUGGGCGUUUUCUUAUACAUUCAAAUACAAUUCGGGAGGUGGUGUGUCGGGAAAUGGUGGCUCUGUACCAUGCCACACUGCCCAGCGAUAAGGGAACAAUAGGAACGGGUCUCCCUCUUGCUGAACACUCCUGGUGCUCGCAGGCUUCUGUGGGCUGGCUUCGUUUUCCUCUGAUGAUCCGACGGAGGUUGCUGACGAGCAGGUGUCCUGAUGCCUCAUUAGUCGGUCCACGGAAGCCGGGCUAUCUCACCAGAAACAGCCUCGUUCACAAGUUAAACCCCUUCCCUCACUUUCGCUCACUAAUCCUAUCAAGCCGCCAUUCAUACAAAAAAUAACAAUCAUUCCAGUGCUCAGGCAGCCCCUGCCCCAUCCUACUGAAGCGUCGUUUAGGGAGAUAAUGAGGUAUUAAGUGCGUUUGUUUUAGCAUAGCCUGAAUCGCUCUUCUUCGUGGGAGUGCAUUAAGGCAAAGGGGUAUUGUGCUGAUUAUUGUUGCUGGUAAUUAGCAAGAAAAAGGGUUCACUCAGAACAGGAUGUCUGAAAUGAUGCCAGAGAAAUGGCCCAGGGAAGUGAUCCUUUUGUUUCUAGGGGAAUACCAGGUAGAGAGCAUUAAUCAGCUGCUAGAAAUCCGACUACACAGCCAUGGGAAACAUUCUUGUUUCCCAUGGUGUGCAUUCUUGCGUAACUGAGUUGUGUAGCGGGGGAGAAUAGGGUUCGUUCUUGGUUUCAAAGCAGCCUGAGUUCAUAGGGGGGGGGGGGGUAUUUGCAUAAAGACAUAAUGUGGAACCAUAUCGACCUCCUUCCUGAUAAUUCAGUUAAUUUAUAGUAAUCCAUUUUCCUCCCCUAGACAUUUUUUUUUAUUGGGCAGCCUAUUUUCUUAUUUACAGAUAUGGCAUUUUCCCUUUUGACGAGAAGAAGCGACACGGGAUCAAUUUACAUUUUAAUAGAGUCAUCUGGAAGCGGCUCCUCUGGUUCUGUCUGUGUGAGGUGACGCAACAUCAGCUGCAAAAGCUAAAGCGGCGGCAGACAGUCACAUCAAGGAGAUAGAGGGGGUGGAGAACAGCUUGGGCGUCCACAGCAUCAUGGUUUGAAACAGAUAAGGCUUGGGGAAUGUUAUUCCAUUUCUAGGCCAAGAUGUAAUUAAACCCCAGCCAGAGAGUGGAGUGGGGCACUCUGCACUCCACUAAACACUGAGUUGAAAGCCAGAGAAAAAACAAGCCAACACAACAGUCACCGAGGAUCCCGAGGGCACCAAACAGCCUUGAUCCGGAGGGCCUUUGGUCCAGUGUUGUGGCGUACACUUUGUGGUCGAGGCGAUUGCAUGUGGAUCGGGCUGUGGUGUUGAAGGUCCUCAAAGAUUAGAAGAAAAUGUAGGGGGGGGGGGGGGGGGGGGGCGAGGAAAGGACAUUCAUAAUGAGCUCAUGUAUUCAUUUAACUGUGUUUCAACGACACUGUUUAUAUGAAGUUUGAGUUGAAUUAGAACCAAAAUGUAAAAGGAUCGAGGCUUGGUCAACGUCCGCUUGAAGUGGACGUUUCUCACCUCCCUGUCGUUUACUUUCUGGCUUGGACCAUGAUCACAAGUGUUGGAGGCAAAAUUGGCCACCUUCUUAAAAGGGGUGAUAUUAUGCCACCAGGUGUGAGUGGGAUUAGCCAUUACAAGCCAUUUGAAAAUCUGCCUUUUCCUUUUCCAUCAUACAUCUAGGUGGACACUCCCACUUGUGAUUUCAUUAAAACCCCAAACAGGGGUUUCAUUAAAACCCCAAACAGCUUGUAACUGCUAAUCAUCCUCACAGCGGAUCACCCCUUUAACUUCACCAAGUUAGUUUAGCAUUUAGGCUAGAAUACAAAAAGUCAGCCUCAGUUUUCUACUAUUCAUUACUCACACGAGUGUGUGCUUUAUCGCUCACCAUGUUCGACAGAUAUUAUUAUAUUCCCAAUAAAAUAUUAUGAUCCAAAAGUACAUCCAUAAAGUAAUUUGCUAUUGUUGUUUAUUGUGCCUCUGAGGUCUAGUGAGCACUCUCAUAUCAAUAUUCAUAAGAUUUCGAGUGUGAUUGAAACUAUACCUGGCUGCCCCAGCCUCAUCCUCUCCCUACCUUUACCCUCACACCCCCACCCGCCUCCCUGUUCUUACCGGGUGUGUCCCCUGUGUCUGGUCACUUCUAACCCUUCCUGGCAGGUACAACCCCCCUGUGACUUUUUACUUAACCACGAUUGUCAGGUUUUUCAGUUUGCAUUCCUGUUGCAUUUUGGGUUGGACCCAGGCCAAGGUGAACCGGUCCCAGAGAUACCACCCCUUCUGGCUGUUAGUCUGACAUCUUGAGCCUGAUGGAUUGGGAAAGACCAACCCCCCUGGCUUCUUGAGUCUGAUUGGUUGGGAUAGACCAGCCCUAGUCUCUAGGCCUAUGGCAAGGCCCGUCCCAUUCGAUCUUUCACCACAGGGCUAGUUCUCACCUUCUCUUUGAAACUGCAGUUUGGUCAAACAGGGGAGCUAGCAUGUUCUCUUCCAGCUAUCAGACAGACAGUCGUCUACAAUUAUUUGGUAGGAGUAUCUUUUUGGGCCGCGGAUAUUUUUUUCGGGUCAGAUUUUUCUCAAGCUCCUCCACGAGGUUGAGGUCCGCUGAGAGCUGUUCUUAAAAAGAUAAAAGCACUCAUGGUCCACGGCCAACCAACACAAGAGAAGAUAGCCCUCCAUGCUUCCUACUGUUGUUUUGAUCCAAGCUCUUGAAAGUAACGCGUGCACAAACCCCAAUGCCCCCGGUCUAGGUCGCUGAUACAGUCCACCGACCUCAAAGGCAGCUUCACACUCCCAACAUCUGAUCAACUCAACAGUCAGGGAAAAAGUUUAACUCCCUUUGCGGGCACUUAGCUGGAGAACCCUGGCUGACGUGUUAACCCUUUUUACACAUGUCAAAGAGCCUCAAUGCGGGGUUCAGAAGGCUGUAAAUCAGUUGUGGUUGUAUUCAGUAGCGCACCAGCACUACAGCAUGGAUGGAGGCUACAUCACAGGAAAGGUGGAUAUGUGCCCGCCAUGUCUAAGGCCUUUCAUUGUAUUGAAAACCACAGUUCUAUAUACAGUUAUUUUUAGGGUUAUUUCACAGUGCGAGUGGGAUUAUCGAAAAUAGAAAAACAGUACUUUCUUCUGUGUAAUGGUCAAUGGGGCAGCCUUUCCUUAUCCGCCUUACAGCCUGCAGUGAUGUUAGCACCAUGCUGGAAGCGCAUGUGAUAAAUGUCAGGUUGCAGGGGGUGACAAAGCAUUCGGAUUGCCCUCUUUCCUCUUCUUAUCUCUAGUGGCUGCAGUUGGUUUCGCUGUUAUCUGGUCCAAAUCCCUUUGGUUCGCCUUGCGUUCACUCCGUCAUCUGUAUGCGACACACUGAGGUGCGACGUGCCAUUGUGACCAAACCUCGUUCCUAAUCUUCAGUGUUUCACAUCAAAUAUUUCAAUUGUUUUAUAGUGGAUAUAUUAUCACUUACGGGAUAUUUUUGAGAUCUUCACGCCUACUUGUGAUGUUCCAAAAUGGUAAUUUCUGAAAUGGCGCAUCAGACCUGGGGCUGAAAUAGGGGGCGCUUUAAUGGCCGCAAAAAUUGGUUUACAGGAUGGUGGCAGAUUGGCUUAAGGGGAAAUAUAACAAACCUUUUCUAACUCUGACUUGAUGUUGUUGUAGACAAUACAACCAUCUUCCCCAAGGAGCACAUUGAUGCACAAAGUGAGGUUCCCCUGAGUGUUGGAAGACCUGGAAAAAUACUGUAAAACACAAAAUCGAUACAGAAAGUGUCAUAGCGGAGGGAGGCACAGCCAGGGUAAAAUAUAUUCUACAUAGAACACACAUACUGUGGUUUACACAGCUCUCUCUCUCUCUUUCUCUCACGGCUUUCUUCUAUGUAAAAUGAGGGCCAUCCGCCCGGGGCUGCGGAGAGGUGUCGUCUUGUAAUUCUAGAUUCUCACUGACGGCGCAAUCUAACCGCAAACUCAAGAACACUGCCCUUGUGAACUAACUACUGUUCCCUCUUUAGUGUAGCGGUAACUGUGACUCCCAAUUCACUCCCCACAAUGUGAAUUGUCAAUGUCAGUCCAGGGUAGCGUGUGUUGACUUCAUCCCCAAGACAUCUGCUUAUGCGCUACAAUUUUUUUUGCUUUGGGUUGUUACAUUUUUUUAAACAAUAUUAUUCCUUUCAUAAGAAUUUAUGUGAUUUUCAUAGAAACAGGUCUGUUAUUGGGUAAUGCUAUUCCUUGUCAGUCCGUUGAACAUCAGCUCAUGUCAUCAAAUCCGUAAGCCUAGCUUCUAUGCUAGGUUUUAGCUAUUAAGCAGGCAUUAACUGCACUAAUCUCUGCCGCUUCGAGCUCCCCUCCACAGAGCUUGACAGGGAAUGAGUCCCCUGGCGCCUCAUAGCAAUUGUGCUAGGCUGUGCCCUUUAGCGCUAAACUUGGGUAGAAGCAACCGUUUUAACUGUUCCAGGCCUUACAGCUGGGAAGGAGAACUGGGCGACUGGCUUUGGGGAUUCAGAAGAUGACCUCUGCUGCUGUUGACAUGGAGUUUUAAGACUUAGUUGAUUGAUUAGGCUGGAUUUACUGAUCAACUGAUCACUUGAUUGAUUGACUUACUGUGUGCCCUUGUGAAACCUACAAACACACACACACACACACACACACACACACACACACACACACACACACAAACAAACACACGCGCAUGCUCAAACGAGGGACAGUCGCUACCGGAGGCCAACUGUGAAAACACACACACACACACACACACAAACAUACACACACACACACACAAACAAACAUACACACACAGACUAAUGUAGAGACUAAGUAAAUAAAUAUAAAAAUGUACGUGUUUGAAUAGAGUAUAGUUAUAACGUCAUAUGGACAUACAUACUGAGAACCUACACAGGCACAAGAAGACACAACCACAGGUGUCUUUUCAAAUGCACAAAGAUACACAGACACGAUCACACCUUCACACACACAUACACACACACACACACACACACACACACACACACACACACACACACACACACACACACACACACACACACACACACACACACACACAGCACCCACUUGCCAGAUGUACACCUACCUACACAACAUAUGGACAGAAUCUUUCUAUUCUACGUUUACAGACACAAAUGGUCGUAUAUUCAAGUGCCAAAAACGGCGAGUUACACUGAGUGGGAGGAGAAGGAGGAGUAAGAGGAGUAGGAGGAGGAGAAGGAGGUGGACCAAGAACCAAACCUCAGUAGAAAAGAUCUCUUGUCCUGUGAUUUAUAUGUUAUAUCAACGCCUUGGUUACAAUCAAUGCAUUCUUUCUUCUUCUGUGCUGUUUUUAUUGUGUUAUUUGAAUGAUCUGUUGUGGUGAAGAAGGUCAAUGUUAAUGAACUGAUAGAGGGGGAGGGGAGGGGGGGGGCACAGGUUCCAGUGUCUCGUAUAUUCCUCUGAUCUGUCUCCAUGGUAACAAGGGCACCCCAGCAUCUAGGGUGGCUAAAGUGUGCCAAGAUACCACAUUACCCCCAAACAUCAUCUUAUGAAAAUCAUAUAUAUUGAAAUGUGUGGGUGUGGUGCAUGUACUGCUUUAAUCUCAACAAAGGGAAAUACACUUAUAUUUUAUCAACACUGUGACAAACAUGAAGGUCAUUCAUAGACACUGUCUUUUUUUAAAUUUAAAUAGUUAAAUACACUUCCAGAUCAAUGGUAGUCAGAGCUAGGCUAGUGUCAACUCUGGCCUUUCCAACCCCAUGUUCCCCAGUGUCUCUCUUAGAGACAGCAAAGCAACCAUUUUAGUAGUCCAGACCAAGCGAUUUACAUUGUCUCAUCAUUGUGUGUCAGUGUGUGUGUGUGUGUGUGUGUGUGUGUGUGUGUGUGUGUGUGUGUGUGUGUGUGUGUGUGUGUGUGUGUGUGUGUGUGUGUCUGUGUUCCUUUGUGUGUUUACGUUCUCUGUCUGGAGCUGUUUUGCAUUUAAAGACAUUUUUGAACAUCGAUUGUAAAUCUGAAGGCUGUGUGUGUGUGAGGCUGUGUGUGGGUGUAUGUUUUAGAGAGAAUUUGUGCUGUGUGUGUGUGUGUGUGUGUGUGUGUGUGUGUGUGUGUGUGUGUGUGUGUGUGUGUGUGUGUGUGUGUGUGUGUGUGUGUGUGUGUGUGUGUGUCACACACCCAUGCACACACACACACACACACACACACACACACACACACACACACACACACACACACACACACACACACACACACACACACACACACACACACACACACACACAAAA